ACCAUGAUCACAAAAAUGGAGGAUAAGCGGGGUCCCAUGCUGACAAAUAUCGUUUGGGAACCUCACAUUCUCUCCUUCAGCAUCCACAACAUAACUGUAACACAAGAUAUAGUAAUAAAAAAGAAGAAAAUAUCAAUAACAGGAAGAGAAAGCAAAAUUAAGCAGACAACCGAAAUAAUGGUUGCAGCAGCCGCAGCAACGGCAUCAUCUCAGCUACUGAUAUCAAGUUCACGCUCUUUGUCUCUGCUGUCACCUUUUCAGCUAUGUGUCUUCGACUCCAAAACUCUUGUGCCAUGCCCCACCAAUGGCCGUGGCAGUAACAGUAUCAAGAGAAGGCAUGUUAGCUGCAUGGCUGUGGGGACGGCAGCACAGGCAGAAACAAAGAGAAGUGGGUUUGAAAUUCAGACGUUAACAGGCUGGUUGUUGAAGCAGGAACAGGCGGGUACUAUUGAUGCUGAGCUCACUAUUGUCAUUUCCAGCAUUUCCAUGGCGUGUAAGCAGAUUGCUUCUUUGGUGCAAAGGGCUGGUAUUUCCAACUUGACUGGUGUUCAGGGUGCUGUCAACGUGCAAGGAGAGGAUCAGAAGAAGCUCGACGUCGUUUCUAAUGAGGUGUUCUCCAGCUGCUUGAGAUCAAGUGGAAGGACAGGGAUUAUAGCAUCAGAGGAAGAAGAUGUGCCUGUGGCAGUAGAAGAGAGUUACUCUGGAAACUAUAUUGUGGUAUUUGACCCACUUGAUGGAUCAUCCAACAUUGAUGCUGCUGUUUCCACAGGUUCCAUUUUUGGAAUAUACAGCCCCAAUGAUGAAUGCCUUGCAGAUGUUGAUGAAGAUGAUUCCACUCUUGGUACAAUAGAACAAAGAUGUGUUGUGAAUGUGUGUCAACCAGGGAGCAAUCUGCUAGCUGCUGGCUACUGCAUGUACUCGAGCUCUAUAAUCUUUGUCCUCACAUUAGGAAAUGGGGUGUUUGCAUUCACCUUGGAUCCCAUGUAUGGUGAAUUCGUGUUAACUCAAGAAAACGUUCAGAUCCCUAAAGCUGGGAAAAUAUAUGCAUUCAAUGAAGGAAAUUAUCAAUUGUGGGAUGAUAAGUUGAAGAAGUAUAUUGAUGACCUCAAAGACCCUGGUCCUAGUGGCAAACCUUAUUCUGCUAGAUACAUCGGAAGCUUGGUCGGAGACUUCCACCGGACACUGCUAUAUGGUGGAAUCUAUGGUUACCCUAGAGACAAAAAGAGCAAAAAUGGUAAGCUGAGGCUCCUGUAUGAGUGUGCACCAAUGAGCUUUAUUGUGGAACAAGCUGGUGGGAAAGGAUCUGAUGGACAUCAAAGAAUCCUUGAUAUCCAACCUGUUGAGAUCCAUCAACGUGUACCACUUUAUAUCGGAAGCCAGGAAGAGGUAGAGAAACUGGAGAAGUAUUUGGCUUGAGUAAGAUGCAAAAGCAGAGAGAGUGUUGUUUUUGUUUAUGGACAUAAAGGAAUACUUUAAGCUCCUAUUCAAAAUGAAGAAAGACUUGUCCUUAUUCCGUAAAUUUUAUGGAAUUCUAUUGUUGGCAUUGGCAGCAUGUUAGAAAGGGUCA